AUGGAGGGGCUGCACGGGAAUGCUCAGGUGCACCUUUCAGAGUGCUGUCGUCCCUCGCUGCUUGGUCGACUGGAAGGGCUGAAGGUUGACAGCGCUGCCGCAUGGUUGAGCAGAUUCGUGCGCCAAGUGCGUCAGCUUGCUGAUGCCGAACAUGGAAAAACAGCUUUGGUCGUGGUGCACGAGGAUGGCGUCCCAGUGAUCCCCUUGGGCGUCAAUAUGCCUUUCUUCAAGCACGACAUGCCGGAGAUCCGUCAUGUGGUGGUCGUGUUGGCCGGAUCCAAUGCUGCCAGCAGAGAUUUGGAGAGAUUGCAAACGGCUUGCAUGGUUGAGGAUGGCUGUGAAUGCGGCCCCUUCCGUUUGUCGCUGCCGUCCAACCGGCAUCCACACGCUGCCAUCGGUUUUCUGCUGAUGCAGCACGAUCGAAUGGAACUUAUGCCACUGCUGGAGGAUCUACGGAUCUGUGGCGAGCAGAGUUAUCGGAAUUUCCAGGCCACCUUGCAGGAGGCUUUGAUGUGUGUGGCACUGGCUUCGCAGAAGGAGAAGGGAAAGACAGUGCAGCAGUUCAGGGAAGCUGUGAAGUUCAUGAAGGGCCGUGAUGAACAGGAGCAGAUGGAGGCCCAUGUUGGAACAAUGGAGGAGGUUGAGGAGAAACCUGACGCCCCAGCGAAAGCACCAGCUCGACCGCCUCCACCAUGGAGGAGCAGCGCGCCCAGUGCACCCAGCAUGCCCAGUGUUCCCACUGGACCCAGUGCGCCCACUGCACCCAGUUUACCCACUGCGCCCACUGUGCCCACUGCACCCAGCGUGCCCAGUGCCCCCGCACCCAGUGCACCUAGUCCAAAAAGCAUGCCCAGCAGAGCCAAGGGCUUCCCCACUCGACCUGCCAGCGCUUUGCAGAGUGAACCUUCCAGUGCCUUGCAGAAGCCAAAGUCCGAAGCUUCACCCAAGGCAGCACCCGUACCCGUACCACCUCCCACCAAAGUGACAGCCGAAGUGACAGCCGAAGAGAAAGCCGAAGAGAAAGCCGAAGAGAAGGCGGAAGAGAAAGCUGAAGAGAAAGCCAAAGAGAAAGCGGCUCCGGGGCCUUGUGCGGCAGUCAAAGUGCCACCUCCCAAAGCGCGGCCCAAAGCAUCGCUGCCACAGCCCCUGAAGACUGCUGUUAAGACUUCACCGCCACCGCUGAAGGCACACCCCAAGGGCUCGCUGCCAGCAGCACCGCUGCUGCCAGCAGCACCGCUGCUACGCCCCGCGCGACCAACGGCACCGACGUCAAAGGACGGGUCGACACUGCUGCUGCGGCCGCCACGACCACUGCCUGCGCCGCUGAUUCGACCUGCAGUGCCGGGGGGUAAGCCGUUGAAGUGGGACGAGACCAAGGUGGUCCAUGUUGAUCUGGUAGCGCCCAAAGUGAACGGACUCAUUCGGCCUGCGAUCGGGGCUGUUGAGCGAGCUGUGAAUGGAAGUCAUGCCAAGGCAAGUCACGUUGAGGCAGAGGUCAAGUUGGGCCGAUGCCUGGGUGCUGAUCAUAGCAGCCUGGAUCCGGGCAAAUCAUGCUCACGGCAUUUGCCUCCCGAUGCCAUCAAAUACUUUCUGGCGGCCAUACCCAGCGCCCUCGAGGAGUUACAGUCCUUGCUACGGAAACACGAAGGUGAGGAGGGGCCCAGUGUGAGCUGGCUGGACGGCUAUGCGGCAUCCAAAAACAAGCAGGACCAUUUGAAGCCACGCUUGCCCAACUUCCUGGCUCAGCUUGUUUCGGUGGGUGCAGAGCCGCGGCCCAAGGGGCCGCACCUCGAGAUGGGCGCCACGUGUCAGGUGCACGGCCUGCGCGAAGCGCGAAGCCGCUGCCACUGCGGAUGCUUGAACUCCAUCUGGGACGCCAUCGGCGCGUCAAUCCUCGGUAACACCCGGAACGAGCAGGGACACUCGUGCAUUCAAUGUGCCAAGUGUCAAUCGGUGAUCGAACCCACCUUGACCCUCUGCAAGCGGCUUCCCAGGGCGCCCAUCGAUCGCAGCCACAGUGAGUUGAGCAUUUCCACCACUGGGGAUUCUUCAAUGCAGAUCCACUUGUUGAACCUCAAGGUCUGCGUCGAGCGCAUCCGCAGCAGAUCACUGGAGGAGUUGACGGAACAGCAACUCUUGGAGGAAGAUCCUGAGGUCUACUGGUGUCUGCACAUCUUCUACGGUCUGCGGGCGGAGAUCUUUUGGCGCAUGAACGCCAAUGCGCCAUUUGUCUUGGCGUCCACAGGCUUCAACUCCCUCUGCAGGAGUUAUGCAGCAGCCAAGAAGCAGGAGCGCGCAGUGGGUUGGCUGGGCCGGAAUGCCGCAGAUCGCAGCUGGACUUGUCAUGGAAUCAUGGCUAGGAAAAAAGGGAAGAAAGAUGCAGGGGCCUACAACAAACCUGUCAGCGCCAAAGCAUGGGCUGCAGACAAGUUGGCACGGCAAAAGGGACGAGUGCAGAUCUUCAACUCCACUCGGCCGCAUGGCAUGGAUGGCUGGACCAUGGACCUGAAGCAAUACAACUGCAUGAGGGCCCACAUUCUUCAAUGCAUCAAAAAAAAGGCUGAUCAGGAUGGAUCUGUUGCAUUGCAAUAUGUGGUGAACUCAGCCAAUGAACGCUACAAAUCGCAUCCUCUCUUUCCCAAGGGUCGUCUCACGAAUUAUGUGAGAUACACCAAAGUGGAUCUGGAAGCCCGUGGCGAACUUCAACGCAGCUCCGGUACUGGCUCGCAACGGAUCUCGCUGCGACGCACUGGCCAUUCUUUGAACGCCACAGCACCAGAGGAGCGAAGCAAGGCGAGAUUGCCAACCGCAGCGGGGGCGCAGGCCGAGGAGUUCAGCGACCUGGCCUUAAAGAACUCCACGCGACGCAACGCCAGUGUGGAACGCUCCGUGCACUUCUUUGAAGAGGAAGGUCGAGCAGCUCGCGGUGCGAUGCGUCGUCCUAUCCGCACUGUGACGUUGAAAGACAUCGGCGAAGCGUGCAUCGUCCCCCAAGAUGACGAGGAGGGCGACUCCGACGAGGACAGUGAAGAUGCCGCAGACGAGGUGGCCCCAAAGCCGGCUCUGCUGCGUCGGGGUCGCAAGAGCACGGGUCUCGGGCCUGCUACGCCUGAGAUGGCCUUUGUACAUGUGAACAUGGAGGUGAAUCUGGAUCCUUUGAUCGUGGGCGAUGAGCGACCCGCGUUGCAGUCAAGACCAGGCGCUCCCCCAGAACUUCCGGCCAGCAAGGGUCGGCGACGGACCAGCGCGGCCAAGCGCCCGCGCGAAGGCAAAAGCUCGAGCCCACGAGCCUUGAAGGAGACGUCCGCCAGCAUCCCGGAAGCAUCGGCCAGUCCCGAUCGGCCCGAUCGUCUUCCUACAUCUCGGUCGCCAAAGAAGCCACCGACGGUGUCGCUCAAAGAACCUGUUCGUGUGAAAAAACCGUUAGUCGUCGCAUCGUCGCGGCCAAAGUGCCGCCUGUUGCCUGGAGAAGGCUACGCCCUGGCAGCGCAGUUCCCACGCAAGACGCGCAAGGCGCGGCACAACGGCGUUGGUUACCGGUUGGUUCCCGGUGUCAGCAAGGCAUGGCGGGGAACUCCCAAAAUCGAUGUUGAAGUAGGACAAAUAUUGGAAAAUCAUGGAAGAAUCAUGGAACAAAUCAUGGAAAACUCAUGA